AUGGCAAGUUCCAGUUCCAUCGCCGACAGGUUUCGGGCGCAAGUUUCUCGCAGACAUAUCAAUACAGAAGCUAUCAUCGAGGCUCCAUUAGUUCAUCUUGAUGAUGACGAACUUGAGGAGGACGUGCGCCAAUUUGCCGAGAAGCUACCUGGUGUUCCUUUCAAAGACAUACUAAAAGCAGCUCGAGUGGCAAAAGAAGUCCGAGCAUGCAUGGAUGAGGGCCUUCAAGAUACUCUACCCAUCGAAUUUCGAGUGACAGACGACGAGCGGGCGGCUCUAAGGGCAGAGAGAGACAAAGCAUUUUCCCAGGGUGGCAUGACUGUCAUCGUCGUUACUGUAGCACUGGCAGCCCUGCUACAAGGCCAUGUUCAAGCUUCGAUCAAUGCCGGCAGUAUAUACGCGAGACUUCUUCAAGUCUCCAGCACACCUAAUCAGAAUAGUCCACCGUGGCAGCUUGGCGCCAUGAACUCAAUACCAUUCUUAGCGGCCGCCAUCGUGGGCGCUCCGAUGUCACUCCCACUAAAUUACUGGAUGGGCAGACGAGGUGCCAUUGCUGUUGCUGCUGCUCUUAUCUUCGCCAGCUCUCUGGCUUCUGGAUUUGUGCACACGUGGCAACAGCUUCUUGGCGUCAGAAUCAUCAACGGUCUUGGAAUGGGCAUCAAAGCCGUCAGCACGCCGAUUCUUGCAUCAGAGACUGCGAUUGACCAAUGGAGAGGAUCUUCUAUUCUGAUGUGGCAGCUAUGGGUGGCCUUCGGCAUCAUGCUGGGAAAUGCCGUCAAUCUCAUUCUCGCUGGUGCAGGCGACUUAGCUCUUCGAUUGAUUCUAGCCGCUCCUAUGGUUCCUGCAAUUUUCACGCUCAUUGCGCUGGCAUACUGCAUGGAAAGCCCCCGAUUUUACAUGCAGAAGAACACACCAAACUACCGACCCAUGCGCGCCUAUGAAAUCCUGUCCAAAGUGCGGAACACACAGCUCCAAGCUCUCCGAGAUGUUUACCUCAUCCACAAGAACGUCGAAUACGAAGACGUGUCCAUGAAAAACCAGAAACAGGGCCUAACGUUUGCCAAUCAUAUGUCAUUCGCCUUGUCAGAUGCCUAUCGGCAAUACAGUCAUCUCCUGACUACUCUACGAUUGCGGAAUGCUGUCUGGAGUACGUGUAUAGUGGCUCUCGCACAGCAGCUUUGUGGAAUCAAUGUGUUCGCCUUCUAUUCAAACAACUUCUUUAUUCAAGAGGAACCAAGCCCUCGCAACGCCAUGCUUUAUAGCUUAGGCUUCGGUGCCGUCAAUUUCUUGUUCGGCCUCCUUGCCAUUAGAUCGAUUGACAACUUCGGUAGACGUCGAUGGCUACUUGUCACACUGCCAUUAAUGUGCAUUCUUCUGGCCGCAGCAGCUCUGUCUUUCCUGCUUCCUAAGGGACCGACUCAGAUUGGAAUCAUUGCAUUAUUUAUAUUUUUAUUUGCGGCUGUGUACUCGCCAGGACUUGGUCCGAUACCUUUUACACUUGCUUCUGAGAGUUUUCCCCUUGCUCACCGCGAAGCUGGAUGUUCCGUCGCCAUCUCAGUCAACCUGUUCUUUGCGGGCAUACUCACGAUCGUUUUCCCUGCCGUCAAUAAUGCAUUGAAGUCGUGGGGUACGCUGGCGCUGUUCGCUGGCCUCAAUCUGGUGGCCUUUGCGUUAAUUUUCUUGCUAGUUGAGGAGACCAAACAAGUGAGUCUUGAAGAGUUGAGUCUCAUCUAUGCAGUACCGAAGAAGGAUUUCGCACGGUUCCAGCUCAGAGAGCAUUUGCCGUUUCUGGUGAAGAGAUAUCUGACACGCACUUGGAAUGGCGGCGACCCACCCAACUUCUACACAAAGGUCAUUGACGGUUCCUAUGCUCCCGACAUAGGUCACGAGUUGGAAACAAUGCGACGGGAUGAGUCUGUGGAUGAGUGA